GUUCAGGCUGUUGUUUUCUCCAGAGAUCUGAAACCAUAUGAACAGAGCUGUGGAACACAUGUUGAAUUCACAUUUAAUCCUUAAUGGUUCAUUCUUGAAUUCUCCUUCUAACCUUUAAAUCCAGGUUUAUGCAGUGAGAUGUUUAGAAGGCUUUAUUUGAUCUGCAUUUGUGUUUGUUUCAACAGAACUGGAGCUGACAGACAUGAACCAUGUCCGUCCACUUCAGACUUAGACCUGAAGGAGUCUGAGGACGGCGUAGAGGACUGUGUGGACCGAGACCCUCGCACCAAUCCUGAAGAUCCAGAGAAGCAGCAGCUCGUCUGCGCAGAGGCUCAGGCUGGAGCGUCCAACUGGGAGGAGUUCACACCUGAAGUAUCAGCUGAGUCUGGACUCACUUCAUACAGGUUCAGGUGUCCUCGUUCAGGUUUAUUCCAUUGUACUCUGACUGGACUGGUGUUUGUUGUGGAUCAGAGGGCGGAGCUGCAGUAUAGCAUUGACCAAUGGAAUGAGGUCCUGGUGGGGUCACAUGGUAGAACGCCUGCAGGUCCACUGUUCCGCAUCGAAUGUCCUGAGAACGCUGUUCACAAACUCCACCUCCCACACUGUGAGACAAAGCACGGAGUUUCUGUUUUUACAGGUCAGCGCUCUGGAAGCCUGUCUGUCGCCCACAUCACUGACGAUGGAACGAGCUUCAUUGAUCCACUGGAGAUCACAGACACUCAUGUGGUCAUCGACGUCCCACACCUGUCUGCCUUUGGCCUCGUCUGGCAGUUUGUAGAAUGGCUUAUCGGGAGAAGAGUCCAUGGCCAAGUUCUGCUGUUCCUCGCACCACCAGACCCAAAAACAGAAAGGCAGAAGCUAAACAUGUUACUGCUGCCCUGCAACAUCCCUGUGGAAGAGGUCCAGAGAAAACAGUGGAAUGCUAAACAGUACGUUGAAGCCCCUUCUAGAUGUGAACUCAUCAAAAACCAUAGUUACACUGUGGACUGUCCAAAAGCCUACAUAGUACAACCUAAGAAAGCCAAUUUUAUCAUGAACUUCGGACCAAAUUAUCACCCAAUGUUUGAGAUCCGCCUUCCGAACAACAUGAAGCGGGUGACUUUAACAGUCAAAGACCAAGAAAACCAAGAGAUCUGGGAGCAUGAAGUGCAUCUGACUGAUCCUGCUGUGAGUCAUCAGCUGAGGUCACAGCAGAACAUCUCUCUAGAGGACAAGUUGUUUUCAGUUCGGUCUGAGUUCAUCAAACGUGUGUCGGAGCCGGUUCUGGACCAACUGUUGGACAGACUUUUACAACGGAGGUUUAUUAAUGACGGCGAAAAAGAAGCAGCUAAAACGAAACGCAGAGAAGAGAGAGCUAGAUAUGUGAUCGACCUGGUCCGACACAAAGGACCAGGAGCCUGUUCAUAUCUGAUAGAAAAAAUCUGUGAGCUGGACCCAACCCUUUCACAGUUCCUGAACCUGAGAACUCCUGACCUGGUUUGACCCACGGGACGGACGCAUGCACUUGGACUGGGCCGUGUGUAUCUCUGUUCCAUGCAUCUCUCUCUCUCUCUCUCUCUCAGGUGCCUUCAGCGGUAAUACUAACCAUCUCUCUCUCUCUCUCUCUCUCUCUCUCUCUCUCUCUCUCUCUCAGGUGCCUUCAGUGGUAACACUAACCUUUAGGAAUUGUACCGCGGUGUAUCGUUAUAACAGUAAUCAUGUCAUCCCUAGUUUUGACAUCAGUCAGACACAUAACAUCCAUUUUCCACCACAGGAAGUUCAACUUUACCCAGGAUUUAGAAAGACCUCUGUGCAUUUCCAUCAGAAUUACCUGGUAAAAAUGUUCUCUCGACCCCAAACUUUCUUUACAAAAACUUCUACUAGGGGAGUGGAACUUUUCAGAUUCCCUGGAAUUCUUGGGGGCGGGGCAGUAUGUUGAAGAAUGUUGAUUGGUGGAACACACAUGCAGCAUUCCACACUUCUGUUCAAACACAAACCACAUGGUUUGGCAGAAAUUCUAUUACCAGAUAAAUAACUUCUUCGGAAUGUUGAUGGAAAAGAGGAUUUAAUAUGGAAAUGUAAUAAUAAUAAUGGAUUGGACAUAUAUAGCGCUUUCCUAGACACCCAAAACGCUUUACAUUAUUGACCCAUUAUUCAUUCGCUCUCACAUUCUGGUGGUGGUAAACUACAUUUGUAUCCACAGUUGCCCUGGGGCAGACUGACAGAAGCGUGGCUGCCAAUUUGUGCCUA